AUGUGGGAUUUGGUUAUGGUCACGUCUUGAGUGUUGAGUCUUAACUUUUAGUUCUUUAAGACAAUUUAAAAUUUAAAUAUUAAUCACAAUUCACAAAUAUUGCUUAAAAUGAAUUCACAAGUCGCAUCGUUAAAGGCCGAUGAAGCAGUUAACUGGUUUCAGAAACGUUUGAAAAAUGCUGUUAGUUAUGGACUUUCUGCUGAAGAAGGCAAUAUAUUUGAAACUUUUAUUACAUCAACUCUGGCUGAUGUUGACAUAAAAAAGCAGAUAAUCAAUAUAGUACUUCCAACAUUUUUUGAAAACUUAAUAUCAAGGAAAGUCAAUAAAUCAGCUAUAGAUGCACAAGCAACUAUAAUAAGAUUGUUCAUUAAAUACUACGGAGGAACAUGCAAUCAAUUCAAGAAUGCAUUGGAUAAAUUUACAUCUAAAGUGCUAAGUGAAUGUUUUAACGAUGAUGAUAUUGUUUUCAAAGUGACAAAAUAUCUUGCUUUAUAUCCUCAAUGUGGUGGUCGUGGACAACAAGGAAUUAACCAUGUUGAAGCUUGGACUAGUCAGUUUAAUGAUUAUCUAUACUGUGCCUAUUAUUUUUUAAGCCAACUUUAUACUAAUGUCGAUUUCUUCUCUGGAACGAARRUGACUGAGAAAUAUGAAGGAAAAUUURAUUUGUCAGUUUUUAAAUUAUCCGAACUUGCACAAAUGACUCCUAAAGAGCGUWAUGAAAAGUUGACAACAUUAUUUAUAUUUUUCAAUACAGCAAUUCAAUCAAUGUUGUUGUCCACAUUUUCUACUGUUAAACAUCUUGAUUCCAAUAAAGUUAUAUAUUUUGCUUUUGAUACCUUAUCAGUUACUUCGGAAAAGCUUAACGCUACAAAGAUUACUGGAGAUGUCAUUGCAUUGGAUUCUGUCUUAUGGAAAUUGCACUCUUCUGCCAUCAAAACAAUUUCAGCUCUUAUUAAAUGUUGUGGAAGGGUUUUAAUACCUCAAGGAAUAUCAAUUUGUCGUAUUUUAUUGCAAUCUUUUAACAUGUCACAUUUUAAUUCAUCAAAUACUCAAUAUGGUACAACUAGGUCUAAAUUGCAACAGCGUGAGUUAACAUAUCAAGUUAUAUGCUCGUGGUUAGCUGUAGCUGGUUCCCAGAGUUCUCUUGAAUUGUUCAGUGAAAGCCUUACCUCUGAGAUCUUAUUAGAUAUAAAAUUUGAUAAACCAUCUCUAAAUUUAGUUGUUGACAAACAAACAGGUAAUAAAAAAAGAAAGAGUGGUGCUCUAAAUCAAAAAAUUAUAAAUCAACGCGAUACAAUUGUUAUGCAUGAUUAUCUUGCUAAUAAAACUGUGUGUAAUGAAGCUCAUAAAACACUUCAGUUAUAUUUAAACACCUUGUCUUCAAAUUUGAAGAUUUUACAAUUCCAAAUUUUUCAAAGUACAAUUAUGGGAUUGUUAUUAGAAAUUAUCAAGUGUCAACGGCCAGAAGAUUAUCCUCUACCGUACUAUGACGAUUUGUGUCGAUUUAACUUAUACAAAUCAUUAUUAGCUUUGAUUAUAUCACCACAUCCACAAAGUUUAACACAAACAUCUGUAGCAUUACGCCUUUUUACUGCUGGUACAAAUGAUCGUAAUGAAAAAGUAAAAGAAGUUUGUAGAUCAUCAUUAAGCAAGCUAGAACAUAUUAUUCGCCCACGUAAUGAUACACUAUUUUUCCCUCUUGAAAAUAAUGUAGAAAUUCCACCAUGUGCUCAGAGUACUGUACCAGAAAAUAAAACUCAUUUUUUAAAUGAAAUAGAUGAAGAUUCGAUUGCACCCAUUCAAAUUAAUGAAUUAAAAAAUGUUCAGUCAAAUAUUGUAAUUCCACAAUCUGCUCAAAGUAUUAUACCGGAGGACAAAACUCAAAUAACAAAUGAAAUAAUUGAAGACUCUACCACACCCAUUAAAGCAAAAGAAGUUAAAAUUAUCAAUACUGAGAAUGUCCAGCCAAAUACAAUUCCAAAACCUGUUAAAAACACUAUCACAGAAAACAAAACUAAUGUUUUCAAUAAAACUGUUAAUGUUUCAAGUUUACCCAUUGAAGUAAACGAAUUAAACAAUGUUAAUACUGAAACUGUUCACCCAAAUACUGUAAUAGAAUCAAUGGAUGCUGAUAAUAGUAUGGAUUCAAGCUCAGUUGACGAACCAUUAAUUAAAAAUGAUUUGGAAGAUGAAAAUUUCACAGAUAUGCUAAACGACUUUAUAGACAGUGAUUAAAAAUGUAAACAUAAAUUGUAUGAGAAUCUAAAUAUAUUUUAAAUAUUUCUUACUUGUCAA